UGUGUCACACCCCACUGCCCUACAAGACAAAGAACUAGCCUUCAAUCCAGUGUGCACAGGCACACAGAACAUACUUAGAUCAUCAAAGCCCUGGGACUUCUGCAAAAAUGUGAGGUCAAAGACAGCCCGCCACAUUCAUUGAGAGGCAAAAAUCGCUUCAAAACUGGACUGGAGUCAUCACAAUGAAGACUCUAGUAUUGGCAACAACCGGACUGUUUUUAUUGUCCGCUGGUCUUGGUCAAAAAGGGGCGGAACGGGACACUGCUAACCCUGCCAAGCCUACUCCCUUCCUUAAGACCUUCCGAGGGGCCCCUCAAGAUGUCUACGAGGACAUCCCCCUGUCGGUAAUAGAGGGCUGGACGAGUGCCACGCUUACUAAAGGGUGCUCCGGGGAGACGACAGACGGGGCAUCUCUCCGAGUGAACAAUGCCACCCUGGGAUACCUCACCAGCUCCUUAAGCACCAAGCUGAUCCCUACCGUCUACAUAAUGGUCUUCGCCCUGGGGGUGCCAGCCAACGCCGUGACCCUGUGGAUGCUGCUCUUCCAAAGCGGAUCCGUCAGCGUGACCAUCUUCUACACCAACCUGGCCGUCGCUGACUUCCUCUUCUGUCUCACGCUGCCCUUCAAGAUCUCCUACCACCUCAACGGGAACAACUGGCUCUUCGGGGAGGCCAUGUGCCGGGCCACGACCGUCAUCUUCUAUGGCAACAUGUACUGCUCCAUCCUGCUCCUGGCCUGCAUCAGCCUCAGCCGGUACCUGGCGGUCGUUCACCCCUUCCUCUACCGCAGGCUCCCCAGGCGCCACUACGCCAUCCUGGCCUGUGGCCUGGUGUGGCUCACGGUCUUCCUGUACAUGCUGCCGUUCUUCAUCCUGAAGCAAGAGUACCAUCUGGAGCAGCUGGGGAUCUUCACCUGCCACGACGUGCACAACACCUGCGAGACCAUCUCCCCCUUCCAGUUCUACUACUUCAUCUCUCUGGCAGUGUUUGGGUUCCUCGUGCCCCUCGGUGUCAUUGUCUUCUGCUACGUCACCAUCGUUCGGUCGCUCAAAGCCUAUGACCAAAAGUGGUUCUGGUACGUGAAAGUGAGUCUCCUGAUCCUCUCGAUAUUUGCCAUCUGCUUCACUCCAAGCAACAUGAUCCUGAUCGCGCACCACGCCAACUACUAUUACAACAACAUGGACGACUUGUACGUCUUCUAUCUUGUGGCCUUGUGCCUGGGCAGUCUGAACAGCUGCCUCGACCCAUUCCUCUACUUUCUCAUGUCGAAGAUCACAGACCAUUCGAGUUCUUACCUUACGACGGUCAAGACAGCCAGAGAACAGUGAGGGACAGGCACCCGCCUGAAUGCACUCCUAUGCUAAAGAGAUGAAGAAAACGAGUCUCCUAAACUCCGAGCUUUAGGACCUACUCAGAACGUGUCUGCAACUGGGAGGCCAAAUGUAAGACUGACAUUUUGCUAGAUAAAUGCUUUAGGGUACUUAACUUUAAGUACCGUUAGUGCCACUGGGCCCCCUGAAGGAUUGAUUUCUCAUCUUGUUUCAGAUUCCCCGCAAAACAUACACCACACUAAAAGUUCCGAAGAAGGAUAACUCAACAGACAGUGGACAGCCUGGUCGUUAGAAGGGAGCAUUCCCAUGGCCCUUGAGGAAGUGGGUGGUGAUCUACAGUUGGCUGUCGGACGCUAUCCCACCCGAAACGGUCUGCUCCGCCCACCCUGGUUCCUCUUUUGGCCAAAGGGCUCAUUACCACACAUUUUCCAAGGUAGCCCAAAACUGAGUUCUUCCUCCCACAGUUCUCAGUAAGCAGCUUAAUUUAGGAAGGAGAUGAGAGAUUUGGAGGAACAGAAAAAAUACACCCUGACCCCUGCAAUCCAGGAUCAAAAACAAAAAAUCAGAAUGGGCUGAUGGGAAACAGGUGACAGGCCAGUGUGAAGGUUAAUUACAGUAUCCUUUGGUUUGACUUCUUUUUUUUAAUGUGGUAUUUGUUAAGCGCUUAUUGUGUGAAAAAUACUGUUCAAAGUGCUGGGGGAGUUACAAGUGAACUAGGUUGGACAAAGUCACUAUUCCGCAUGAGUCUCGUAGUCUAAGUAGGAGGGAGAUUAGGAGAACUGAGGCACAGAGAAGUGAAGUGAUUGCCAAAGGUCACAUAGCAAGGAAUUGGAAGAACUGGGAUUAGAACCCAGGUCUUCUGACUCCCAGGCCCAUGCUCCUUCCACUGAAUGGAGAUUUGUUGGGGAAAGACCUGGCAGGCUUCACUGCAGGUGAUUGUGUUGUCUCAGUCACCUGACAGAAGGAACAGGAGGGCAGAGUCUGGAUAGAAUCUGGGGGUUGAAGGUGGGAUGAAGAAAUUGCAAAUUAAGCCAGUCAAACACAACUUUGCAGGUCUAUGAACUUUAAAGCCUUCAUAAAGCGGCAGUGGUGUACCUACAACUUCUAUGUAUUAUGUAUCAAUAAUUAAAGAUUAGCCAUUCAUUUUCCACUACCUUGUUUGUUAUUGUUUGCUUGUUAAUGAACAUAUUAAUGAAGUCUGUGAAUAGAAUCCAUUUAUUUCACCUGAUUAAAGUAAUGGUGUUCAGUUCAAUGUGUCUGCAUGUAGGUAGACUUUGGCGACACAAAGGUAAAUUUCAUUACAGAAGACAAAGACAACUAUAUACAUACCUAUGCCCACAAAUGAGAAUUUGUGAAUAGAAGAUGAGCAAAUAAGAUUAUGAUAAUUUUUGUGGGAGCAAGAAACUGUUUAAAUAAAAUUAAGAGUUAUUACCGGUGA